AUGCAAGGAGAGGUUAUGUCAAACAAUCGGCCAUUUGAUAAUGGCAAUCAUAAUGGAAAUUCUAAUAAUAAUGAGGAAAAGAAAGAUUUCUGGAAUCCAGCAUUUAUGACGCAACAGCGUGGAUUUCAGCAACAGCAACAACAACAACCACAGCAAUCUGCGUUGAAUAGUGAUAUCGAUCCAGGUAUGCGUCCAGGUCAAUUUAUUUUCAAUAAUCCUUGGCGAAAUGACCCAGCAUCCAGGAAAAACAGUCUUGCCGCCAGUCCUUUUCCAGAUAAUUCUAUGGGAAUGUUAGAUAUAGAUUAUAGAAGAAGAAAAUCUAGUUUGGUUACACCACCAUCAAGAACAGCUAACACCAAUCCAUUUCAAUCUGAUAAAGCUGCCAAUUUUCCUCAAUCUACUGCAGCAUAUCAGCAACAAAGACAAUUCCUUGCCAAUGACAAUGGUAUGUUUGCGGAUAGGUUGGGACCAUCCAUGAACUUUGUUGAUCCAAAUGACUUUUACAGAAGACAGAGUGUUGCCGCGGUCUCAUAUCAACCCGAUACUGGUCCAACAAUAACUGCAAAUCAAUCUAUUCCUAUAACGCAUUAUAGACGUUUAAGUGCCUAUCCACAGUCAAUGACGCCAAGUUUGCAUCCAAUUAGAAGGGAAGAGCCAUUAGUGAAACAACAACCAAUUCAUAUCCCUCAAAUGCAUAUCACAAAUUCUGCAAACGAUCUACAACCCCUGAUUAAUCCAACACCCGAUUAUAGAAGAGCAUCUCUAAAUUCAAAGGAAAUAUCGCCAUUGAAUGCCUUGACAACAGGGUUAAUCACAACUUAUUCCUUGUGUUCUCCAGAUUUUGCUUAUAAAACAUCCAAGAAUCCAAAGAGAGUGCUUACAAAACCAAAUGAACCAAGAGGCAAUAAUGGCUUUGAUAAUGUCAAUAGUGAUUAUAUUCUUUAUGUCAAUGAUGUUCUAGGUACUGAGCAAAACAGAAAAUACUUAGUUUUAGAUAUUCUUGGUCAAGGUACAUUUGGUCAAGUUGUAAAAUGUCAAAAUGUUAUGACAAAGGAAAUUGUAGCUGUUAAAGUGGUUAAAUCAAGAUCAGAGUAUGUUAACCAAAGUAUAUCAGAAGUUAAAAUUUUAGAAUUGAUCCAAAAGAAAAUUGAUCCAAAUGAUGAACAUCAUUUCCUAAGAUUGUAUGAUACAUUUGUGCAUAAAAAUCAUUUGUGUUUGGUUUUUGAAUUGUUAAGUAAUAAUCUAUAUGAGUUACUAAAACAAAAUCAAUUUCACGGUUUAAGGAUUCCAUUGAUAAGAACUUUUACAAAACAAUUACUAGAUUCAUUAACAGUAUUAAAAUCAAGCAAGUUGGUACAUUGUGAUCUGAAGCCAGAAAAUAUUACUCUAUGUGCACCAGAUAAACCAGAUAUCAAGGUCAUUGAUUUUGGUUCUUCAUGUGAGGAAACAAGAACUCUAUAUACGUAUAUUCAAUCAAGAUUCUAUCGUGCGCCAGAAAUUAUUUUGGGUAUCCCAUAUUCUACUAGUAUUGAUAUGUGGUCAUUAGGCUGUAUUGUAGCCGAAUUAUUUUUAGGUAUCCCUAUCUUCCCGGGAGCUUCAGAAUUUAACCAACUAACGAGAAUUGUAAAUGCAUUAGGAUACCCACCAACCUGGAUGAUAGAAAGAGGUAAAAACUCUAAAAAAUACCUGGUUCCAGUAGAUUCUCAUCAGAACAACGAUGUGUUAAUAAAUAUUGAUUCUAACAUGAAUCAACCACAUAUAGCACAAGUACAGCCACCAAAAUACAGAUUAAAGACUGUUGAUGAAUUUAAUAUGGAAUUCCAUGCUACUGAAGCUCCAAGCAAAAGAUAUUUUAAGUUUGAAAAAUUGGAGGAGAUUAUCAAAAACUAUAGAAUUUCGAAGAAGGUCCAGAGUUCACCGCAGUUAUUAGAAAGGGAAAUGCGUGAACGUGAAUGUUUAAUCCAUUUCUUAAAUGGUAUAUUGAAUAUUAAUCCAUUUGAAAGAUGGACUCCACAACAGGCAGCCAUGCAUCCAUUUAUAACGGAACAACCAUUUACUGGUGAGUGGUAUCCAUAUAACUCAUUUUCGAUGGCUACACCACCAGACGAAAAUGGUCACAACAUGCAUCAAUUGGAUAAUACUGAAAACUCAGCUUGGAAAGAUCCAACAGCAAAAGAUUUCGAUAAAUUAAGUAUUAACGAUAAGGCUUAA